AGUUCCAGGAUAGACUAAAAAAUAUUCUCAAUGAGCUAGCUGAACAAGGAUUAAAUUGUCAUCUGUAUUGGGAAAACCCCAACCCUAGGAAGUAUGUCUCUAUUGUACCCACGAGUGCAAUAACUGGGGAAGGAAUUGCUGACCUGAUCAUGAUUUUAGUCAAACUGACACAAAAUUUUAUGCUUAAAAAUAUUGAAUAUCAUGAGAAAUUAGAGUGCACCGUUUUGGAAGUAAAAAAUAUUGAAGGGCUAGGAACAACCAUUGAUGUAAUUCUCACAAAUGGAGUCCUCAAAGAAUCGGAUACCAUCGUGCUGUGUGGUAUCAACGGACCCAUUGUUACAGUUAUUAGAGCUUUAUUAACUCCUCAACCGUUAAAAGAGCUAAGAAUAAAAAACGAGUAUGUACACCAUAAAUCGAUUAAGGCAUGCAUUGGAGUGAAAAUUUCUGCUAACGGUUUGGAAGAGGUCCUUUGUGGUACUUCCCUAUUCGUUGCCAACAACACCAACGAAAUUGAGGACUACAAAAAGAAGGCAAUGACAGACGUUUCGGACGUGUUCAAUCAUGUAGAUAAAACUGGAGUAGGUCUAUACGUUAUGGCUAGCACCCUUGGCUCGUUAGAAGCAUUACUCAUAUUUUUAAAAGAUUCAAAGAUCCCCGUUUUUGCAGUGAAUAUCGGAACAGUGCAAAAGAAAGACGUGAAGAAAGCCAGCGUUAUGAGGGAAAAGGGAAAGCCUGAAUACUCAGUUAUCCUAGCUUUUGAUGUUAAAAUCGAUCCAGAAGCAGAAAAAGAAGCACAGAUCAUAGGAGUGGAAAUCAUGCAGAAGGAUAUUAUUUAUCACCUGUUUGAUGCUUUUACAAGUUAUAUUAAAAAAAUUGAAGAAGAGAAAAAACAGAGCAAAUUGACGGAUGCCAUUUUCCCAUGCGAACUAUCCAUUGUCAACGACUGUGUGUUUAAUAAAAAGGAUCCCAUCGUCAUCGGGGUUAAGGUAGAUUGUGGGAUCUUGAAAAUAGGAACCCCACUAUACAUCCCUGAGAAGAGCCUAAAAAUAGGAAACGUCGUUAGCAUCCUCUUGAACAAAAAAACUUGUGAAAAAGCCAAAAAGGGGGACGAGGUUUCCAUUAAAAUUUGUGGAGAACCACACAUCACCUUCGGAAGGCACUUUGAUUUUAACCAAAAAAUUUACAGCAAAAUUACCAGGGAAAGCAUUGACGUGUUGAAGGAGUACUUUAGGAGCGAGUUGACCAUGGAGGACUGGAGACUCGUCGUGCAGCUCAAGAAAAUUUUUAACAUUAUCU